CCGGACUAAGCUAGUAGUAGUUCUUCGGGUCCCUGAACAUGGGAUGGAUGGAAUACCACCCCAUGGCUCAUAGCGGAAGGGGUUACGAUCCACUGCUACUACCUUUCGUGAUUUUAAUUACCACCCUCCCACUCCGGUACCACCUCCCCCCCCAGUGACCUGAUGCCGUCACUGCAGUCUCACCACUACAAGCUGGUCCUGUACCACUUGUUCUUCUUCUCCCAUCGUCUGUCAUGUUAACUGCUUUGACUGGUCUAGUCAAGAUCUCUCAAGCUCUGUCAGCACUUGCUUAGAAUCUUCUCGCUCGUUUGGAUCCUCAGUCGCAAGGCUGGACGUGAUUAAUCCCCUCAUUCCACUCCCUCCCCCUCCCUUCCGCAUUCCGCUCACCACGUUCCGUCUUCGUCAACGGAGAUUUUUCCCAUCACUUCAUCCGCGUCUUGAUGCUGCUGUCUUCUUCGUCCUUCAUUUGAAGUUUCGCAUUUGUGUCUAUUGACGAUGGUUGUGCCCGGCUGGAUAUGGGCGGUCUUUCUGACCAUAUUUGUCUUCUUUCAGAGAACAGUGACUGCUCUGCAGCUGGACAUUAACGAUGAACAAUCCAUCAAAGAUGCCGCCAGAACAACGGCCUUCAAUAUGAUGAGCUAUUAUCAUGGAAACGAAUCGGGUCAAACACCAGGGAAGCUGCCCGAUACCUGGUGGGAAGGUGGUGCUAUGUUCAUGACAUUGAUUCAGUAUUGGUAUUGGACUGGCGACUCCUCUUACAAUGAAGUCACCACUCAGGGUAUGCUCUGGCAGAAGGGCGACAAUGACUACUUCCCAGCCAACGAUAGUAAUUAUCUGGGUAAUGACGACCAAGUCUUUUGGGGCCUAGCUGCCAUGACGGCUGCAGAACUGAACUACCCCGAACAAGAUGGUCAGCCGUCGUGGCUGUCGCUCGCCCAAGGUGUCUUCAACACUCAAGUCCCCCGAUGGGAUACUUCCAGCUGCCAGGGUGGACUGCGUUGGCAGAUUUGGCCCUACCAGGCUGGUUAUACCACCAAGAACGCCAUCUCGAACGGGGGUCUGUUUCAGUUAGCCGCUCGUCUGGGACGUUACACCAAUAAUGAUACAUACACUGACUGGGCGGAAAAGAUCUGGGACUGGAGUGCAACAACACCUCUGCUGCAGACGGAAGACUGGUACAUUGCCGACACGACCACUACAGAGGCAAACUGUAAGGAUCACGGUGAUAUACAAUGGACGUACAAUUAUGGAACCUACCUCAGCGGCGCCGCAUACAUGUACAAUCUGACAAACGGCGCCGACAAAUGGAAGAAAGGUCUCGACGGUCUGCUGGCAAGUACCUUCUCAAGGUUCUUCCCGAAGGAAUACGGAAGUAAUAUUAUGUCCGAGGUUUCCUGCGAGCCUAACAUGAUGUGCGAUCGGAACCAGGACUGCUUCAAGGGUUUCUUGUCCUCCUGGCUUACCUUUACUACAACCAUUGCGCCCUAUACUAGCGAUCAGAUUAUUCCGAAGAUCCAGCAAUCUGCCCUAGCAGCGGCGAAGCAAUGCUCGGGAGGCGACUCCGGUACCCAGUGCGGGCGGCGGUGGUACCAAGCGCAGUGGGAUGGCGAGACAUCGCUUGAGACUGAUAUGAGUGCUUUAAGUGUUUUUUCGUCAAAUAUGAUCACGCAUCGGCAAAGCCAAGGUGGCCAAUCCCAGGGACCAUUGACAUCGGACACUGGCGGUACCAGUCAAAGCAACCCUAAUGCAGGAACCGGUCCAAAGGAUGCACCUAAUAAGCUGCCCGACAUCACAACCGGAGAUCGUGCAGGGGCCUCUAUCCUGACCGUCCUCUUUGUCGGCGGCUGGGCUGGUGCUAUUACCUGGCUGGUCUAUGGAGGUUGAGCGACAUUCGAUAUCUUCACUUUUCACUAUGUACAUAAUCUGCUUCAUUGAGGCAGAGACGGCUCUGUCGCUGUUGUUCUUUUCUCUGCGAUUCGCUGGUUUGGGUCUUCUUCUGGGUUUCGCUUAUUGCGCAUCGCGGCCUUGUAUUAAAAAUUUGUGUAGUGCCUUGGAGUUACGGGCUUGGAGGGAUAUUGGAGUUGUGGUGUUUGGAGCGAGUCGAGCUCCACAGACGGAGGACUCGAUUUUGGGAUAGCUAUUGAAUAACAG